AUGCCGCGCCCUGCCCUUCCCCCUACCCCUGGUUCCUCCACGGAUAUCAAGGGCAAGGACGGCGUUCAACAGUUAUCGUCCCUACACCUUUCCUUUGAGCUCCCUCCGCCCGCCCUACACGAUGGUGCUCGCGUCUCUCCUACAGAUGCGAAGCACACGACCCCCACACACUCUGCCUACGCACCGCCGCCCUUGAGCUCCCCCCAAGGCCCGUAUCCGUUGCAGGCCGCCGAGACUGUUAAAUCCCGCCGGAGGUCUUCCACCGCCAAAGAGACCAAGGAUACGUCAUUUGCCCUCCCGCCCCCGCCGACCAGGUCGAGGAAGAUUAUCCAAAUGAAGCCUCGCGCCCAGGAAGAGGCCGCCGAGGCCCCCUCCGCCAAGGACUCUGGAAAGUCCGGCGCCAAAGGGGCCGCCAACGCUGGCAAGUCUGCGGGCUCCGGAGCCGCGACAGACAAGGGCAAGAAGAAGCAGCCGAGCGCCACGAGCGCCGCCGGUCGCAAGAUUGCCAGGAAGACGGCCCACAGUCUUAUCGAGAGGAGGCGACGCAGCAAGAUGAACGAGGAGUUCGCCGUGCUCAAGAACAUGAUUCCCGCGUGCACGGGCGAGAUGCACAAACUGGCCAUCCUACAGGCCUCAAUCGACUAUGUCCGAUACCUCGAAGACUGCGUGUCCAAGCUCAAGGCCCAGCACGGUGAGGCGCAAAGUCGCGCCGAGUCGUCGCACAACCCGCUCCCGCCCAUCCGCGAGUUCCACCCGACGUUCCACGAGGAUCCCGCGGGGGACGUCGAGAUGACAGACUCGGACACGGCCUCGCCCCGAUUCGCAGGCAACCCUGAGCGUUCGCACCAGUCGUCGGUCUCACCGGCCCUGCACGCCCAGGACUCGCGCCACCGCCAGCACUCGUACUCGUCCGUCUCGACGGACCAGCGCCACUACAGCUACAGUGCGUCCGCCGGCGCCUCGCCCGCCUUCGGGCCCCAACACAACGGCCUCUAUUCCCAGGGCAACAUGUCGGCCUCGGGGUCGACGCUGACGAGCCCCGCCUUGAACCCCCAGAGCGACCUCGACCAGGAGGCGACGGCGGCGUUGUUGAUGCUCAACAACGAUAGGCGAGGCACAAACGCCAGUGGGCGUGGCCUGUCCGUUCGCGACCUGCUCAGCACGUGA